AUGUAUACCUCUGUCAUCACCCUUCUCACUGCUUUCAGCGCUUAUGCCGCUGCUCAAACCCCAACUCCAACAACAGCACCAACUCUCACUAUUUCACGCCCAUCUCUCACGACCCCAUCAUGUUGGGCUCUCAUCGACUCCUUGUCAAUGACGGGCGCCCCUGGACCCCCCAUGGACAUGACCGAACUAGGCGUAUCUUUUGCCCUCGGAAGUCUCUACAACACCCAAGACCCUUGCAAACUACCUGUCAUUACCGGAUCGUCAGCCGAGGAAUUCUCGGAAUGGGCUUCUGAAUGGACGAGCUGGCAGGCAGAACAUGUCUCUGAAUAUCGCGUAGUAUGGGAGGCGUGCAGUGAUGACCCUGCUAUCACUGAUCUUGUGCCAGUUGGACCGGAUGCAUGCAGCACUCUGAAAGCCAAAAUCACUGGGACUUCUUCUGUAAAUGAGGAUCAAGACGAAGGCGGAGAGGAGGAAGAGGAGAGGAAAGAUGAUAAGCCGGAAGCUGUGGAUGCUUCCGCGGGUUCUCGUGUGACAGGUUCCCUCGUUGCUGCCUUGAUCGCUGGUGUUGUACUGAUUGUAGGAGUAUGGUGA